GGACAUGCAGGAUCUUCUAUUUCAUUUUAGUUUAUGGGUGAUGCUCUAAAAAUGUUGAAUGCUCAUACAGCUAUUAUGCUCACUUUAUGUUAUUUUUGUUGCUUUUAAUCAUCAGACAUCAGGUUUUCAUGAAUUUCUCAAAGUAGUGUUUUAUUUUGACAGUGAGUACAGUGUGUCUACAGGGUCAAAGGUGAGUUUAUAGUUAGCCUUUUCCCCUCAAAUGUGGUAACUAUUGCUAUUUUUACACGGAGUUACUGUUGUUCAGAGCCUGUUCAGGUUGUUGUACAAAUUGUGCAGAGGUUUUUCGGCAACCUUUGCGCACAUUUUGGACAGGUUUUGGGGAGGCUGGCAGGGGCGUGGUGUGACACCGGACAGGCUGAUGACUCUGUGGAUUCAGUCAUGCAUGGUCACACAAUGUGACAGUCCAGACAUGGCUGGAAACGGGAGGCAGCUCCGUCUAACCGAGCCCCAUCUCCGACUCCAAGCCGCCUCCAAAAACUAACAACAACAAAGGAAAACUUUUCCUUGCGCGCGUUCGUGGGCCCGGGACAGACAGCCACACUGACCACACUCCUGGACAAGUUUGUGGAUGAAUGAGUUUGUGAGGCAUUAAAAAAAAAAAAAAAAAAGAGUUUGUUGAGCUGUCAGGGAGACGACAGGUUGCAGGUCUGGGUUCAGGGAGACAGAGGGAGGGUCGCUACACGCUUUUCAACGCACUCCAACGAUGGCGCCAAUGAUGGCAGAUGGAUUUGCUUUUCUUAUUUAACUAUGACAUCUCCGGUCUAAAGGUAUGAUGGAUAAACACUGCUGUGAGUUUUUUUUUUCUUCUUCAUCUGCUUAAAUGGGAAUGAAGUAAGACCAAGUAAAUGAAGAACUGCGUGUUAUCAGGUAAUUAAGCGUAAUUACUUCAGUUUGACUAAAUAAGAAGUGAGACAAAAGCCUGACAAAGCUUGUGGCGCUUAAAGGGAGUCUGGGGACUCUGGUACACUCUGUAUUGUCAGUCUGACAGGUAUGGUAGGCUUUGUAUUUGAACCUGGCUCUGUCUCACCAUAAAUACCCCAAAUACCUGUGAACCUGAGAGACAUCUAUUUAUGUAAGUGUGCCACUAAUAAUUAAGUCAUCACAAGGUCAAAUGUUACAUGUAAAACACGACUUUCUGACUCUCUGAUACUAUCCCAAUAUUUCUAUCAGAUAUUUCUAAUGCAAACUGUUAUUAUGUUAAUUAUUCUGUUAAAGAUUUUAGACUAUUGUCCAUUUUCAUAAAAUUAUUAUUGCUAUAAUCUGAAAAUAUUUAAUUUUUUGAUCAAAACAUGCACAUAACUUUUAAUGUGUUCUUUUGUUUAAUAUAGCUCUAUUGGUUUUAAUCUGCUAACCAAAGUCUCAAAGAAAGAGUGAAUUGUUGUUUGAUAAUGCUUUUCUCUUCCAGGUGUCAUACAUAUUGUGAACCUUGGUCGAUGGAUUUAUUACCUUUAAUACAAGAAUAUUUUACCUGUACUUUCUCCAUAGGCUAGAAAUCUUGAAGCAUGGGCGACUGGAGCUUUCUAGGGCGGCUGUUGGAGAACGCUCAGGAGCACUCAACGGUCAUCGGCAAAGUCUGGCUGACUGUCCUCUUCAUCUUCAGGAUCCUGGUGUUGGGGGCUGCAGCCGAAGAGGUCUGGGGCGACGAGCAGUCUGACUUCACCUGCAACACCCAACAGCCUGGUUGCGAGAAUGUCUGCUAUGACGAGGCCUUCCCCAUCUCGCACAUCCGCUUCUGGGUGCUGCAGAUCAUCUUCGUGUCCACGCCGACUCUCAUCUACCUGGGCCACGUGCUACACAUCGUCCGCAUGGAGGAGAAGCGGAAAGAGAAGGAGGAGGAGAUGCGCAAAGCAAACAGGUUCCAAGAGGAGAAAGAACUCCUUUAUAGAAAUGGUGCAGAGGCUGGAGGAGGAGGUGGCAAGAAGGAGAAGCCGCCAAUCAGGGACGAGCAUGGCAAAAUCCGUAUCAGAGGUGCAUUGCUGCGUACCUAUGUGUUCAACAUUAUUUUCAAGACCCUGUUUGAAGUGGGAUUCAUUUUGGGCCAGUAUCUCCUCUAUGGCUUCCAACUGAGGCCCCUGUACAAGUGUGCACGUUGGCCCUGCCCCAACACCGUUGACUGCUUCAUAUCGAGGCCCACUGAAAAGACUAUUUUUAUUAUAUUUAUGCUUGUGGUGGCUUGCGUGUCUCUUUUGCUGAAUUUGUUAGAGAUCUAUCACCUUGGAUGGAAGAAAGUUAAACAGGGCAUGAGAAAUGAGUUUAACCCCGACUGCGAGUCGCUGCGCCGCGUCGACAUUGCAGAGCCUGAGUGUUUGGCCUCGGCCUCCAGAACUGCCCCUUCCAGCCUCAGCUACCCUCCCAACUACACAGAUGUGACGGCGGGCAGCGGGGCAUUCCUGCCGCCCAUUGGGCCGGCAGCUGUGCCCUCAGCAGCGGAGUUCAAGAUGGACAACCUCCAGCAGGAGCAGUCCCUCCGCCAGUCCUCCCCCUCUUCCCACUACUACAUCAGCAACAACAACAACCACAGGCUGGCCACGCAGCAGAACUGGGCCAACCUGGCCACCGAGCAGCAGACUCGGGAGAUGAAGGCCACCUCUCCCUCCCCAUCCUCCUCUUCCUCCACCAGCACCAACAACGAGCAGCAGCAGCCCGUCGAUGCUGCACUGCUCCUUCCCACCAGCAACACCAACACAACCACCACUGCUGCCUCCAGCAGAAGCAACCCUGACACUGCCUCCAAUACAGGCAGCUGGGGUGGGGGGAAGAGCGAGCAGGAGGAAGGCCAUGUCACCACCACCACAGUGGAGAUGCACAAGCCACCAGUUACGGUCAGCACAGACCCUCGGCGGCUCAGUCGGGCCAGCAAGAGCAGCAGCAUCAGGGCCAGGCCAAGCGACCUGGCUGUCUAAAUCUCUUCAGCCCUUUCAUGUCCCUAAACCCUCCCUGACCAACACCCCGCGUCCCUCAACCCCACCCCCAAACACAGUGAUUCUCAGACAACAAAAUAUCACAGGCAUGCAUAAAGCAAAGAAAAAAUUUAAAAAACUUAAAAAAAAAAAAUCACAAAAACAGAAGGCAAGGCGACAAGAUACAGGACAGCAGGAAACCUUUAGGCAAAUGUGAAAUGACUUGAUCAGCAGUCAGUUUAGUGCAGUCGGUGAGUUGCAGAGUAGUUGAGGCAACGUUUGUGUUUUUGGUUGGUCUUAAUUUAUGCACACAAAAUGUGAUCAUGCAGUGCUGCAAAGGCACAAGGCUUCGCUCACAGCAGUGGAUGAGGCAAUGGACAUUGUGAUGUCACAAUUUUGCUUCAAAAUGGACAAAUCUCACAAACGUGUUUGGUUUGGGGGAAAAUCUCAUGGUGUUUCUCUAUUUUUUUUUCUUUUUGUUCAGCCUAAAAGACUAAUUAUUCUAAAUGAAAAGGAACAUUUGUUGAAACAAUGACUGAAUAUUUUUUUAUUUUAUCUGGUGGAACAGAGGUAACUGGCAUUGUCGUACACAUCAGUUAUCCGAUGUAUAGCCAGGCAAUUCCCUCAUAUAUCUUGUCCAUCAUUGUCUGGUUUCGCAUUCAAAUCGGCAGCGCAAACGUGCACUGCAUGUUGAACUACAUGUCAACUGCUGGUUCCAGCGUUCGUCUGUGGACCUGGAAGGUCUUUUGCUGCAGCACUUCCUGAAUCUUACGAAGCAAACACCUGUUGUGUUAAACAGAAUUCAUCCAGGAAGUAAUUUUAUCAACAAACAUUACAUGUAUUGUGUUCCAUGUACUUGUGAAUGCAUGUGCAGCCCUACAACUCACCGAUUCACCGACAAUUUCGCAUGGCAAAGUUGGCUAGUUUGGUUUUACCCAUGAUCCCUUGCAGCGCUUCCUGCAGAGACAAUAAAUAUUGCAACUGAGAAUGGAAUGGACGGAGAGUCCUCAGAAUAAACAGACAUAGGCGCAGUGUGGACAGGAUAUGGGUCAAAACUGCUGGUAGAGGUCAUCCCUGUGAUGCCAGAAUGUACCUGGGUCUCUAUGAAUACUACAUUGUCAAUAACCUAGAGAUCAAAACCUUCCCAUCCUGCUGUUAGUUUACAAAAGAGGAAAAUAGGAGCAGAGUCCCUUACGCCUGCCUCUGUCAGCAUCGCCUUCAGUCAACAUGUCUGAAAAGAAAAAUGCUCUCCACUAACUGCACAAAUGACAAGGCAUUGCCUUCAAAGAAUUACAUGGCAAAUACAUGGCAGUCACCAUCUGAUAUAAAGAAUAACAAUAUUGUCGAACAAACAACCUCCCAAAGCUCUUUGGUUAGACUUGAAACUGCAAAUUUGUUUAGUUAGAUUGUUGGCAGACAUUUUAGCCAAAAGCCCUGUUUAUAAUAAUCAAACCUAAAGAUUGAGAGCGACUUUGGGAGUUAAACGACUUUCACCGUCACACAUUUCAUGUGCUUCUACAUUGGUUUUAUUCUGAAAAGUGCUAUUUUUUAAAAACUGAAUAGAAUUUUACUCAUAAAUUGCAUACUUGUAGUAGUUUGUGAUUGCGAAACAACUACAGUUAAAAAAGACAAUGACUGGCGUUGCGAAUAUCUUAACGCCAUGGUGCAGUCGACCUUGACGGCUUCUAUUUUGUUGUGUUCAUCUUGAUACUUAGAGAUCUUUAGGAACCCACCCUUUUAACCGAAUUCAUCAGCAGCCGCAGUCCCCUGUCUCUGUUGUGUUACUGUGCUGUUUGGUUCAUUCACAACCCAGGCACUCACGCUCAAAAAGCUUUUUUUUCUCUUUUUUUUUAACUUUACAACCUUAAUCCACUGUAUUAUCCUGUGAGUUCAGUUCUGGGGCACAGCAAGUACACAGUAACACUGUGUGAAAAAUAAAUAAUCUGCAUUGGACAUAUUGCACUCACAGGGCAUACAAUUAAGCACUAAUAUAUUAGUGCAAAGCAAUCUAUAGAAACAAUACUUUUCCAGCAGUUAAUGUGCAGGUUAAUACACUGGAGUAAGCCGUGUAAAAUGGUAGCAGUUGUUUUUUAAAUUUUCCUGGGGGGGAGGGUUACAAAAUAAUGGUACUGUAUGGUGUAAGAGUAUCUGUACCCAUAUGGGUAUAAUGUUUAGUACCGUAUCUUACUUCAGUUGCUUAAAUGACAUUUAGUGCAAACAGAAGCACAAUGAGGAGAAUAUAAACCUACACAACGCAUAGGUAACAGCAGUCUUUCCCAAUACAUGUUUCUUGUUCAAAAUGACAAAAAAAAAAAUCUUUGUUAUCUGCAUUUGUUUUUGAUCCCUAAAGUUUACAUUUUGGUAGUUGAUAAAGAUUUGCACAUUUAGGAAAGAAAAAUUGCUGUUCUGCAAUGCUAAUAUUGGUAGUACUAGAGAGAGAAAGAGAGAGAGAGAGAGAAUGAGAGAGAGUGAGAGAGAGAAAGAGAGAGCGCGAGAGGCCAAACUACCAAUCUCUAUGAUCCUCAAAGGAAAAAAUGUCUUAAAACAAAAACGCAGUGGCUCUUCACAGAAAAGGCAGUAUUAAAAAAAGAAGCUGUUAUUUAUCUCAAGCUCAGAUAAUGAUGAGUUUGAAGGACAACAGCAAGAGAGAGAAAUAAUAGUAGGGGUAUUUUUCUGCGUGUUCACUCAGUAUGUUCUCACGGACUGGUCGGGACUCUGGUUAGACGUCAGAUCAGACGGCUCGACUGGGUAGCUGGCCCUUUCCUAACCCUGCAUUCAAAGCCCUGACAGGAUGUUGUGUUCAAAGCCCGUUGUCCCUGUGACUCCUCCGAACUCUCUCCUCUUACGUGUCAUGCAGAGCAUGAUUUCUCUGGCUCGUCAGGGAGAAAGAACCAUCAAACAAUGCUCAGAACAGCAAACUGUUUUCAAUGCUGUCUUAAACAGGAGAAGUGCCUUGUGUAUGAAUGAUUCUUUUGUAAGAACAAGUUGAUGUAAAUGUUAAUUUACCUCAAAUGUUUACAAAACUGUUACUAAAUAAAUUUUUUGUACCAUAUUUGUUGUUCUGGCUUUCACUUUUGCGAGUAGAUAAACAACAACCGGUGUAAGAG